CGAACCGGAAGCUCUGCAGCUGGAACGCGGAAGCUCUGCAUGAGGUCGACCCUGGUGCUGUGCACGGCCUGCACAAUUGCGUUGCUUUCUCUGAGCUAUUAGUCCCCGCGUCGCGCUAAUAGCUUACAUAUACACCCAAAGCGACCUUCGUUAAGCACAAACAGCUCCUGAGAGCGUGACUGUCUGAAGUUGGCUUUCGGCCUCAGAGCCCUGACAAGCCUCGACGCAUACGGGGCGCCAGCUGCCCAGUUGCACAGCUGCAUCAGCCACAAUGUCCCUCAAGAGGGUGGACACCGCAAAGUCAGCGCGGUCGCACGCUGAUGACGACGACGUGGAUAUCACCGCGGUGGAAGAGUUGAAGACGGAAGAAGAAAAGAAGGAUGACACCACACCGGUGCCAUACUACAAGCUCUUCAGCACCGCUGAUCGGCUUGACACCGUGCUUAUGGUGAUUGGAGCGAUUGGCGCCCUCGGGAACGGGACUCUAUUACCGCUGUUCGCCAUCUUGUUUGGCGAGUUCACCGAUGCAUUCGGCGACCCUGACAGCGGUCACUUUAUGAAGACCGUGUCGAACCUGGCACUGAAGUUCCUCUACCUCGGCCUCGGCGCCAUCGUGGCGAGCUACCUGGAGGCGGGUGUUUGGAUGUACACUGGCAACCGGCAGGCGAACCGGCUGCGCACCCGCUUCCUGCGCGCGGUGCUGCACCAGGACGUGGCGUUCUUCGACGUGCACUCCACCACCGGCGGCCUGGUGCAGGGCCUGAACGAGGACAGCAUCGACGUGCAGAACGCCAUCAGCGAGAAGCUGGGCGCGUUCCUGCACCACAGCUCCACGUUCAUCACGGGCUACGUCAUUGGCUUCGUGAAGGGCUGGGAGAUGUCUCUGGUCAUGAUCGGCUGCAUGCCUUUCAUGGCGCUCAUUGGCGGGCUUCUGGCCAAGGGCACGGAGAUGGCCAACGCCGCCGCCUCCAAGGCCUACGCCGACGCCAGCGCCAUUGCGCAGCAGAACAUCUCCCAGAUCCGCACUGUGGCGGCCUACAACCGGGAGCAGGCGGCCAUGCAGCAGUACGACAAGGCGCUAGAGCUGCCGCGCAAAAUGGGCAUCCGCCAGUCGUGGCUGUCGGGCUUGAGCUUCGGCAGCGUGCAGCUGGUGUUCUACGGCACCUACGCCGUGGGUCUGUUCUUCGGUGCCUACCGCAUCGUGGCAGGCGCCUACACCGGAGGUCAGGUGCUUAUGGUGCUGGUGUCCACGCUGAUGGGUGGCUUCUCGCUGGGCCAGGCGGCGCCUAACCUGCAGUACUUCGCCAAGGGCCGCUCGGCCGGUGGCCGCAUGUUCCGUGUGAUUGACCGCCAGCCCACCAUCGGCGCCGAGCUGCUGGAGGAGGAGCAGGUGGCGGCCGGCGGCAAGCCCACCCAGCCCAAGCAGCCGCAGCAGCUGCAGCUGACGAACACCAAGGCGGCCGGCGGCGACGUGGAGGGCGGGAAGGCGGCCAUUGGCGGGCACCGCGUGGCGCCGGCGGAGCACGUGGCGCUGAUUGAGCCGCCUGCCAGUGUGCGUGGCGAGGUACAGCUGAUCGACGUGGACUUCGCGUACCCGUCGCGCCCCGACGUGCUGCUGUUUGACCGGUUCAACCUGCACGUGCCCGCCGGCAACACGGUGGCGCUUGUGGGCAGCAGCGGCAGCGGCAAGUCCACUGUGGUGCAGCUUAUUGAGCGCUUCUACGACCCGCUGGCCGGCACGGUGACGCUGGACGGCAUGGACCUGCGCUCGCUGCCGCUGCGCUGGCUGCGCAACCAGGUGGGGCUGGUGUCGCAGGAGCCCACGCUGUUCGCGACCACCAUCUAUGAGAACAUCGCCAUCGGCACCAAGAACGCGUCGGCGGAGGAGGUGGAGGCGGCGGCGCGCGCCGCCAACGCGCACACCUUUAUCAGCAACCUGCCCCAGGGCUAUGAGACGCAGGUCGGCGAGCGCGGUGUGCAGCUGAGUGGCGGUCAGAAGCAGCGCAUUGCCAUUGCGCGUGCCAUCCUCAAGAGCCCCAAGGUUAUGUUGCUGGACGAGGCGACGUCUGCGCUGGACACUCGCAGCGAGGCGCUGGUGCAGGCGGCGCUGGACCGGCUGGUGGUGGGGCGGACCACGGUGGUGGUGGCGCACCGGCUGUCCACCAUCAAGAACGCCGACUCCAUCGCGGUGGUGCAGGGCGGCCGCAUCGUGGAGCAGGGCACGCACGAGGAGCUGCUGCGGGACCCCGACGGCGCCUACAGCGUGCUGGUCAAGCUGCAGAUGGAGGCCAAGCAGCUGCAGGAGGUCGAGGAGGCGGAGACAGGCAUUGUGGAUGAGGGCGCGGAGGAGAGCUCGGAUGAGCCCGACUCUGCCAACGGCGGCGCCUCACUGGUCGACGGGACCGCCAAGCGUGGCGGCUCGCUCGCGCUGUCCGGCGCAGGCUCUGGCGCGCUCCCACCGCCGGGCUCGCGGCCCAUGUCUGCCGUGGCCGACGACCUUAGCAAGCACCGGCAAGGCUCCGCGCCGCCGGACGCCGUGGCGGUGGCCAUCCCCAACGCCGUGCACUCCAACGGCCUGCACGACGCCGCGGCGCCCAACUCCAAGCUCUCCAUCGACAAACCCAGCUUUCCGCGCUCCGGCCCCAGCGCCGGCAGCGCCAUCACGCCCGGCGGCAAGAAGAAAGGAGGCAAGGAGGGCAAGGAGGAGGAGAAAGCGAAGGAGAAGCCGUACAAGGUGCCCUUCAAGCGGCUGCUGAAGUAUGCGGAAGGCGAGUACACCGCGGCCUUCAUCGGCUGCAUCGCCUCGGCGGCCAGCGGCGCGCAGCACCCCGCGUUCGCCUUCACGGUGGCUUCCAUGAUCAGCAUCUUCUACACCGACGACAUGGAUGAGCUGAAGUCCAAGGCGUCUUUCUACUGCUGGAUGUUCUUCGUCAUUGCGGUCAGCGCCUUCAUCGCGCUGUCCGUCCAGCAGGUGGCGUUCGGCCGCGUGGCGCAGGCGGUGUCCGGCCGCGUGCGCGUGCAGCUCUUUGGCUCAAUCCUGCGGCAGGAGGUGGCCUGGUUUGAUGACGCGGACCACAGCAGCGGCAAGCUAACUGCCAACCUGGCCACUGACGCCACGUACGUGCGCGGAGCUGUGGGCGACGUCUUCGCUGUGGCGUUCUCGAACCUGUCGACUCUGGUACUCGGGUACCUGGUUGCCUUCGCCUACGACUGGCGCAUGGCCCUGCUCAUCACUGGUGUGUUUCCGUUCCUCAUGCUGUCCAUGGUGAUCCACCUCAAGUUCCACACCGGCUUCACCAGCGACGCCGACAAGCUGUACGCUGGCGCCAACCAGAUGGUGACGGAGGCCUUCUCCUCCAUCCGCGUCAUCCACGCCUACAACCUGCAGGGCUUCAUCGCCGGCUCCUAUGAGAAGAUGAUCUCGCACGCGAACGGCCUACUGGUGCGCCAGAGCAACGUGUCCGGCCUGUCCUUCGCCUACUCCAACUUCAUCAUGUUUGGCAUGUACAGCCUGAUUAUCUACUUCAUGGGCCAGGAGAUCAACCACGGCUGGACCAACUUCAACGACAGUCUUAAGGCCUUCAUGUCCAUCCUGCUGGCGGCCAUGGGUAUGGCGCAGGCUUCGAUGGCCUUCCCCGACCUGGGCAACGCCAAGGCGGCCGUGCAGCGCAUCUUCCCCAUCAUUGAUCGCAAGCCGCCCAUUGACAGCGCUUCUCCUGACGGCAAGCAGCCGGACACAUCGAGCAUCUCCGGCGAGAUUGAGUUCCGCGACGUCCGCUUUGCCUACCCCAGCCGCCCCAGCGUGAUCAUCUUCAACAACUUCAACCUGACCAUGACCGCCGGCUGUGUGACAGCGCUGGUGGGCGAGAGCGGCAGCGGCAAGUCAACGGUUGUGGGCUUGAUUGAGCGCUUCUACGACCCGCUGGCCGGCAGUGUGCUGCUCGAUGGCAUGGACGUGCGUGACUACAACCUCAGAUACCUGCGUGCACAGAUUGGGCUGGUGAGCCAGGAGCCGCUGCUGUUCAACGGCACCGUCGCGGACAACAUCCGCAUCGGCAAGCCGGAUGCCACGCAGGAGGAGCUCCAGGCGGCGGCAGAGGCCGCAAAUGCGCGCACGUUUAUUGAGGCGCUUCCGGAGAAGUACAACACGCGCGUGGGCGAGGGCGGCAUUCAGCUGAGUGGCGGCCAAAAGCAGCGCGUGGCCAUUGCGCGCGCCGUCGUGAAGAACCCCAAGGUUAUGUUGCUGGACGAGGCGACGUCUGCGCUGGACGCCCGCAGCGAGGCGGUGGUGCAGGCGGCGCUGGACCGGAUCAUGCUGGGGCGCACCUCCAUCGUCAUUGCGCACCGCCUGUCCACCAUCCGUCACGCCAACACCAUUGCUGUGGUGUACCGCGGCCAGGUGCUUGAGAAGGGCACGCACGAUGAGCUGAUGGCGCUGGACGGCUCGUAUGCGCGCCUGGUGGCGGCGCAGAGCCGCGAGCCGGCCAACGGGGCGGGCAAGGAUCGCAAGUUCGCCGGUAAGGCUAAGUGAGGAAUGCCAGAAGAAUAAAAGACGGCGUGGGGCUAGUGAUUAAAGUUGCAGCACUGUUGGUCUUGCUGCUUUUUCUCUUAUGAGAUGGUAUGCAGCGUAUGUUUGCAAAGGUUGGGGUUUCAAACAGGCUGCGGCACCAUCAGCGAUGCUCGGCGUGCUAGGCUGGGCCCUGGAGGCCAUCCAUACAUAUGUACGUAACAUUGUCUAAGCGCAGUGAUAAGUGAGCGUGUCGAAUGCGCAAUAGCUCGGUUUGACCUCGCACUCUCACCUGACUGCCGGUCCAGAUGGGUGCACGCGUUGGCGUGCUGGCUGACGCCGCAAAACUCGGAGUCCCUUGUGGUGUCUUCUAUGGGUUGAGACAGGGUAUGAGUAGAGAUUUGUCAUGCAGGCACCAUGUGUCUUCCACCUGUUUCAUGUGCGCGUUUGGCGCGUUGGACCUUACUCGUGUGUAGGCGUGUUUAGGACUUGGGCUAGGUCUGGGAUUGUAUGCGUUCGUGAAAUUGCCAAUGUGGUGUAAGGUUGGGUGAAAGGUCGGGGGUGCAGUGCCUUGUCGAUGCACGAGGGGUCGAAAGCAGGGAACCCCUGUCAAGAAGUCUCGCAUUUCGUAGGCAAGGUCUUCGCGUGUGUGGACUGAGAACUGACCUGGCGCAUAGCAUUCUUUUUUAACACUGGUGCCCCACCGCUACCUGAACUGUAAUGUUCCUUCGCA